CAGAUAAGGCACCACGAGCAAGGUCUCCGAGCCUGCAAUUAUACACUCUUGAAGCUAAUGUGGUUCUUCCCUGGAUAGUCCCCUGCGAAGACCGUCAGCCUUGUACAACCUGGAUUCGAACUUGCGAUCGAUGGUAGCCGAGCGCUAGUGCUUUUUACCAGGACAAGACUCUGCAUGUUCCCUUGAAGUUCGUGUGCCCCGAAAUACUGCAUGGAAUGUUUCUGUUAUGAAAACUCUGACAAUAAACUGCACAGUAAACUACUGUGAAGAAGAACCUCAAGUAACAUGGUGUAAAGUACUUGGGACUGACUGCAAACCACUGAAUGCAACAGUUGAAACUUCAUGGAAUCAAUCAAGCAUCCAUUCAGCUGUCUCUUUCCUCACUUUCUCCAAUAUCUCCUCAAAUGAUAGCGGACAGUAUCGAUGUAAAGCUGUCGAUGUCAGGGGAAUUAGCAGUGUGGGGCAUUCUAUUACUGUUAGUGUUAAUAACGCAGCAGUCUGCUGUUCAGAGGAAGAAAACGUGCCCACACCAAACAUGACCACAUCAGGAGCCCAGGAGAAAAAGCCUACCCCACAAAAUGAUAGUUGGCUGACAUAUAUUUAUAUAUGUGUGGGAGUACUUAUCCUGAUAAUAAUUGUGGCGUUAAUCUCAUUUUUCUGCAUACAAGGACACAGAGUGACGCCCAAAUCAAAAGAAGCCAUGCAGAACAAUCAGAAGCAUAAAACGCCUAAAGCCUCUCGCCAGUCCAGCACAGCUGCGAGUUUACCCAGUCGUCCCAGUGAUCAUAUUAAGCCCGCUGGUCUUGCUGAGGAGUCAGUCUAUGACAACGAUCACCACUCCAGAACUUCUAGACAUACUCGGGUAUCUUCUAGCAGGGGUCGAGCUAGCAGCACAAAUGAAUCAGCCCCAGUGGCCAUCAUGAUCAAUCCCCCCGAUAUCUAUUACAACCAGGAGGUUGAGGAUGAAAAUUGUCCCAUCGUGUAUGCUGCUCUGAGACACGCCUAUAAAACAGAGGAAGGCAGUCAGCAUGUGCGUCUAUCUGCAGCAUCUGAGGAACAGACAGAGUAUGCUGCUAUACGAGUCAAAAAUGGAUUCAGGACACAAGACGACGUUUGAUUAGAUCGAUUUACUAAAAGGAGCAAAAUGGCAGAAUGGACUGCAGCUUGAAAUAAAUCAAAAUCUACUUUCUCUUAAAUUAUCUUGUGAACUGAAAUCUGAGGCUGUAAAUCCAUGUUUUACAUUUGUUUGGAUGGUGCUAUGAAGCCAAAUGGAUGUAGAUACCAGUAAUUAUGGAACCUUAAACACACAGAACAGUUUCAAUCCAGGUACAAUUUUGAUCAGCCACAUGGUAACAAUUGUCCAAUUGGUGAUGGCAAAAGGCACACUGGUGACACUAGUUCAUUGUUUCAAUGUCUUUUGUUGAUUUUUUUUUUUAGCAUUGCUGUAUAUCUUAUGAUUGAUUGUUUAAUGUUAUGGAUGAAUAAUUCAAGAAUGUUUAAAAACACAGACUAACCUACAGUACACCUACAGACAAAUUAAACAGCAGCUGAAAUAGGUGGCAGCCCAUGCUUUGCAGCUACUUCUUCAACAGCAAGGAAUGUAAUCUUUUUACUUUAAAAUGUACUGGUAUGCAGCUACCGUCUCUGUUCAUCAUCUAAUCUUUGCGAUUGUAAAUUGACAGCCUCUGUAAAGGUACUGUAGACACAGUGCAUGGCAUACAGUAAGUAGACCCCCUGCCUCCAUAUGCAUGUGAAUUACAGGGGUCUUAGACAGUGAUUAUUCUUAAUAAUAACAACCACAUUUUCAAUCUAUCUGAGAACCUAUCCUCCAGAAUAACAGCAAUUACGAAACAGAAGCGGUCAACUGUCCAAUAUGACUCAGAUUGAGUAGAACCACAAUCUGUUUUUACAGAGACCUCAAACAGCUUCAGAGUGACCAAAGCUAGAGUCAUGUGGGACCUUACAGUUAACAGGCUGUAUAUAUGUUAGUUAGUGAAUAGUUACUGUUUCACCACUGAUGCCACAUAAAAAUGAACUCUCCCUUCAAGUGAAAGCCAUUUAACCUGCAGCUUCUCUUUAUGCAGUCCACAUUAGUAUGUGUUUUAUAUAAAUUAUCCAGUAUUAGAUUUCAUAUGUUUUAUAUUAUAUACAUUUUAAAAGACAAUCUACAGCACAAAUGGUUAAUUUCAGACUGAGAAAUGAUAGUGUAUGUUUGUAUUAAAUGUUUAUGAAUAGUCAUAUCAUAUGCUUCAUAAGGAAUACAUCUUUCAUAAAUAUAUUUAACGUCAAAGUAUUUGCAGAAUUCUGUAAAUUGCUUUUCAACGCAGUACAUUUAAAAAAUAUAUAUUCACAAGUAUGGAUGUUUCAUUAAUUUAAUACAGACUUUGUUCAUUUAACCUUAUUGCCUAUCUGUGUUAUUCAUUAAAACACUACUUACAGUAUUGUAUACUGAAUCAGGCAUGAGAUAAACUCUGAAAGAGGUUUGGGGUAUGUGAUUUCCGAAAAACUGUAUUAUAAUUGCAAGUAUCUAUCCUCCCAAUGGACCAUACCCCCAGUCCCAUGAUCAUCUUGUUUUCAGGUGAUAUACCUGUAACAUCGUGUACCCUUAUAUUACCAGUAUAUUACUUUGAAGAAAACCUAGCACAGCCAUUUGUAAAACACAGUAUUGCCAGUUACUGGUUUGAAUUUGUUUUUAACGUAACUUAGCAUGCAAUUGUGUCCAGGUAUGUUAUUAAUGUGUCAUCAAAACUAAACUAAAACUGACACUUUUCAUCAAACCCACGAUAUAAUGUGCCCCUGCAGAUCUAUAUGAAUAAAGGGAAUUUACAAAGUAUAUGGAAAAUCUGAAAAAUUAUUUUGCAGAUGUUAUUCUGAAGGGAUUUUCCCUAAUAAGCUCAUUUCACUCAUCCCACUCCCCAACUGAAAGCAUAAAGCCCCUGUUUCCAGUGUUUGGUGAGAUGAAAAUGAGCACCCUGAAAAGUAAAGAUUAUUACUUAUUCAAGGAUUUACAGGUUAGAAGCGUUACAUAGAAUGUAAUAUCUAUAUACAGUAUGUACUGGUACCUGGACACAGGGCAGGCCCUGUUAUAAUGCAACUCUUUAUAGCGUGGAACAGGUCAUAAAGCAGAAUGGCUGUGGUUCACAAUUUCCCCACAGAAAGUUAACAUUCAACUGCAUUAUUUCUAGCUGAACAUGUAUGGUCCCAGCUAUACUGUUAUAAUACAUUGCAUAUUCAUAAAGAAAGUGCAUCAAAAAUACAUACAUGUUACUAAUGAGUUAGAAAAAUUGGCAUACAUUUACUAGGAAAUGCUGAUUUUGAUCAGAACUCCCUGUUGUUUUUAAUUCAGCAUAUUGGUUUAUGUUAUUGAAUAAAUGUUCAGUGCUUCAAAAAAUCACUAUCUUUCCCUAUGCUCUUUCCUUCCCACACUCUCUAUCCCUGCCAGUAUUACUAGAACUGCAUGUAGAGAUGAGAACAAUCAAUGGAGUCUUUCUUUACUGAUAACUAGCCUUGUCAUUGAGUUUAUGAACACCAUAGAUUGCUAUUACAGACGGUGGCAACAACACCAAGCUUCUUGGGUUUUAUAACUUAAAUCCUUUUGCCUUAGAGGAUUAAGUUCUCUCAGUCAGGAGAAAUGUGGGCUAACAAAAUCAACUGAAUGUGAAUAGCCUAUCGCACUGUAUGUAUACAUAUUUCUAUGUAUCACCAGGCUGAUUGUAUAACGUAUUUGUUAUAUAACUGAGACCAUUGAAAUGUAAUUAAUAAUGUUUUACUGCUGCUCUUAUUGUAAGACAGGAGAUUCUUUGAAAUUGUAAACUAUUGUAAAUAUUUAUUUUGAUUGGUAAAAUAAUGUCACAUGCAAUGUAUAACCAUCGUGUUUCAAUUUUACUAACAUAAGUUAAUAAUAAAAC